GCGAGGGGCGGGGCUACGGGAGCCGGCGCGGCUCAUUAGGAGGCGGCGGGCGUUUCCCGGCGUGCCCCGCGGCAGAUUGUACACAAUCAUCAUGGCCGCCGCCGCCUCCGCCGCUGCCGAUGGUGCCGAGGAGCCGGGCAUGGCGGCGGAGCCGCAGGAGCUGCCGCUGGGCUGCGGCGGAGAGGGCGGUGCGGCGGCGGCGGGGCGGCCUCCGGAGGGCGAGGAGCGCCGGGAGCCCCCGCGGGCGUCCGUCAGCAACGGCGGCGAGGCGGAGGGCGGGAAGGAGCUGGUGGAGCUGAAGGUGAUCUGGAACAAGAACAAGUACGACGUGAGGUGUUGCCUGGACAGCACGGGGGCCGAGCUGAAGCAGAAGAUCCACUCGCUGACAGGCCUCCCGCCGGCCAUGCAGAAAGUUAUGUUCAAGGGACUUCUACCUGAGGAGAAAACGUUGCGGGAAAUUAAAGUAACAAACGGAGCGAAAAUAAUGGUUGUUGGCUCUACCAUCAACGAUGUUUUAGCGGUAAAUACACCCAAAGAAGCUGCUCAACAGGAGGUCAAAGCAGAGGAAAAUAAGAAGGAACCGCUCUGCAGACAAAAGCAACACAGAAAAGUAUUGGAUAAAGGAAAACCUGAUGAUGUGAUGCCUUCUGUUAAAGGUGUUCAAGAGCGCCUACCGACAGUGCCGUUAUCUGGCAUGUACAACAAGUCAGGCGGGAAAGUACGAUUGACCUUUAAACUUGAGCAAGACCAGCUAUGGAUUGGUACAAAAGAGAGAACAGAAAAGUUACCCAUGGGGUCCAUUAAAAAUGUGGUGAGUGAACCUAUUGAAGGACAUGAGGAUUAUCACAUGAUGGCAUUUCAGCUGGGCCCAACAGAAGCAUCUUACUACUGGGUCUAUUGGGUACCAACUCAAUACGUUGAUGCAAUCAAAGACACGGUGCUGGGAAAGUGGCAGUAUUUUUGAAAGCACGCUCACCUCUGGCACAGGAAAAUGACACAAAGCUAAGGACACUGCUGGGAGAGGCCUCCAACAUCCCUGGAUGUGAUAGUCCUGGAACUUAUUAAUAAAAUAUGAUAAACGAGGCAUUGAUGGAAGCCAGAGGUGAUGUUCUUUCACCAUUAGUUUACUUUUAACUUAAAAAUUUCACCAUCCCUUUUCUGCAGUCAGCUUCAACCAUAUUUAAAGCAAAUACAAUGGAAAUCAAUAAAUCUUAAUUCACAAAUUAUUGUGUGUAAUACAGUUAAAUCUGCUGAGAGUUGAUCUUCCAAUUUAGUUUUAAAAGAAAAAUAUUACAAUGUAUUAUUGAGGAUUUUUUACAUGGUUUGAACAAAAAUAUUUUCAUAAUCUUUCAGUUACAAGCGUUAGACUUAAUUUAGUUACUUGGUUGUGACUGAGAAUUUCAGAAACAGUUUUUUAAAAAUAAACUUUAAACAGUAUGCAAAAUUGAUGUUUAGUAAGCCAUAUUCUGCCGGCCCUUUUUAUUUCAGGUUUGAUUCUUUGGUAGCAAAAGUAAUUUUUUUUUUUUUUUUUUUUAACCCAAAGAUGCCCUGCGCUUCUUUUUUUUCUUUGCUUUUUUUUUUCCCAGUACUAGCAACUCUGGGUUGGUACUCUGUGUAGCAUGUUUGGAGCAGAUGAAUACCACUGUGGAUGUUUUGUAAUGGCAAUGGGCCCAGUGCUGCUUAUUGUCCCCUUUCAUGCCAACUUAGUUGUUUUCCUCCCACCUGCAUACCUCUCUGCUCCUGUUCUGCCUCCUGCCCUGGAGUGCUACAUUUUAGGAGCAUUUUCUUGAUCAUGCAUGUUGCAGUCCAGAAUCGUUUUGCAGCUGUUGCAAUGACACUUACCUGUUUGACUAAAAAAACCCCAACUCUUGAGUGCGCUGCAUAAUGCUGUCUGGCAUGAGUGGGGUAAAGCAGUGACACAGAUCUCGCAAAGGGAGUGAACCAAAGAGACCUUCCUGCCUUGCUUGGGGGUGGGGGGAGCGGGAAAGAGAGAAGCUCAGGUGCUGGUUUGGAUCCUGAAUAACCGCAGUAGUCUCUUGGGACCUGGAUUUGAAAAUUUAUAGUGAUCUUAUUCAGUGACUCUUACCAAAUUUAGAAUAUCCAGCAACCGACCUUUUGAAAUUUAUAUCACCUUUCAGCUUUUCUCUUGCUCAAGUUUACAGGAAGUUCUUGCAUCUUGUCCUGUCUGAAAUAAUGCUCCUUGCCUUUGGUUUGUGGCGUUCUGUGUGUCAUCUCAGCAAUUUACGUGCCAUUUAUCUCAGGUUUCUGAAUGGACCUUGCAGUCCUGAAAAGGUGCACACCCUUAACAGAUUGUAUUGUGCAGUCAGACUGAAUCAGUCUUGCUCUGUGUUAAACCUGCAUCUAACAGAUCGCUGUUCUUUUUUUAACACUGCAGGCUUGAUGUUGCUCAAUGCAAGUAGCUCAACAUUUUGUAAAACUCAUGGAGAAACAGCCUUUUAGGAACAGCUGAUCUUAAUACACUCCAUGUCCAUUUUUCACUCUCCUUGAAACAGCCCGGUUGAAACUCAGCAGGUGCAAAUUCCCAAAUGAGUAUUUAUUUUAUUUCUAUUUUGUUUUGAGAGACUGGGAAAAGCAUUCACUUUAUGGUAUGUGUUAAGAUUACUUCUUUACCUGUAGACUCCUGAUAGCAGCGUAAGCAGCUUUUGUUUUGUAUUUUCAGUUAGAACAUUCAUGCAAUAUGAAUUUUAAAGGUGUUUCAUAUCCUACAUAUAAACUAGUGAUGUGCUUGUUACUCUUGUAGCUUGAGAUAUUUUCUUUCUGUAUACAAGCCAACAGCAGUGUGUCUUGACAUAAAUGCAUUGAGAGAGGAGCUCUGUGCAGCAGUGCUGCGCCAGCUCCCUCGAACAGCCCCCUUCCAACGCUCGAUGUGAGCGAGUGCAGGUAGCAGAGUUGGUGUGAGUUAAUCGGAGAUAACGUUACAAAUUAAAUGCAGCUAUUGCACUUCUUCAUUUCUAAUUGCCAGUCCUGAUGUUAAGGGUUAAAUUUAAAAUUUGGUACCUGGUGGAGAGCACACAUGCUACAGUAUAAAGAAAAUAAGUGACAAUAGCUUUUUUUCUAUCACUUGGGGUCAGCUUUGCACUCGCUAUCUUGUUGGUUCUGUGAUUAUCAGCUCCCACUUGCUACUUGACUUGCUUGGACCUGUCCGUACAUCUGUUCAUAUUCAGUUUUCUUUUCCUAUUCUUUCAUCUGCUUGCUCCUUGAGAGGGCACAUGUCUUAGUUCCAGCUCCUCCCCAGUGUUCCUGUGGCUUCUGUGCUCGAUGCAGUGACGCGGGUGAGUACGCUCUGCUGCUGGUGCUGCGAGAGGGCUGAUGCUGCAUCUGCCGCUGCUGAGGCAAGAAGGGCACCUUGGGCGUGGGGUGCAGGGCGGUGUUUAACAUUCCUCUCUGGCUCCUUUCCUGAAGGCACGAUUACUCUGCAUCCUGUGCCAGGUACAAUCGAUCAUCUCAAAAGAAACUGAAUAUAAAAACCGUUGGUUACAAAGCAAUUUUGAACAUGGAGAAUGAAAUACUAUAAGAAAAUGUGAUCCUACUUAGGUGCUUCUUUUCAAGUUGGUUUUGAUUUGAAAUAAGAAAUUGUUUCACUUCUUUGUUCUAUGUGCAACGUUUGAAUUUAAAAUACAGGAAAAUGAUACUUAAAAUGCUUUAAGUGGUGUUUGUUGGCUAAAUGUAGUAGGUUUCUUGGGAGUUCUUUGAAAUGUAUAUUCCAAUUGAACUUUAGCAGCACCACUCUCAAGAUCCUUUCUCUUCUGGAGUGACGUGGAGCUUUGUGUCUUCUGGUACCUACUGAUUUUUACAAGGCAAUUAUUGACAUUAACAGCUAAGAGAAAAAAAUCUCUUUAGUUGGAUAGUGUCAUAGCUUGCUUAACUGGGGAGCUGUUUGCUAGCCUCUCUUGACUUUUGGAUUUUACUCUCUGAUUACUGUGAUCGUCUCCAGGGCAGAUUCAGCGUAACAAAUGGUGCUGUGGAGGAAUUUGGCAGGUAGUCCUCUGUAAGACACAAGGGUUGUGAGUAAAGUGCAAAUAUAAUCAGUAUUUUGAGUUGGCUGUAAAGAUUAUUUGAAAUCCAACGUGUAAUCUUCUGUAGGAAGUGUAUGUAAUAUAUGGCGAUUCUUGCGCGGAAGUUUAUUUUGGUUAAAUUACAGUUUAACAAUGUCUGUUCAAUGCAGAUCAGCUCCCUGUUGUAUAUAUGCAUAAUUCCCCAUGAGCAUCUUGGGGUAUGAUUCUUUACAAAGAUGUAUUAAGUGCUUUGCUGGGUUUAAUGAGGGAUUAAAGCAUCUGUAAAGCAAAUCUGGAUUUCCCCAGAGCAAAGCCACUGUUUCCCACACGGUGCUGGUGGCUGUGCCCAGCGCCCAGGCAGUCUCCCUCCUUGCUGCCGUCCUGCCAGGGAAGGGGUCCUGCUGCUGUCCCCGGGCUCUCCCUGUGCCGUUCAGUGGCAUUGAAUGUUGCAGCUUCACCUGCCAUCCCUUUCCCUUCUCCAUGCCCAGCACUGGGGGUGUCUUCUCUCCUUGUCCUGAGUUCAGUAUUUCUUCCUUUGCUGUGCAUCCCAAGCAUAAACAGUUCCUGGAUUAGCAUUGCAUUAGGAAUGCAAAAGUACAUCACUAAACUUUGUUUGGGUUUGAACAGAGACUGUAUCUUCCAUGAAAAUCUUGUACUACCCGCAAGGUUUUUGUAUCAAGUUUAAAUCAUUACUUUCCAUUAAUGACAGUGUUUGAGAAAUGCGUAACUAAAAUAACAAAUGUUACGAUGGAAGAGAAGAAAUGGUCUAAAUUCAAAGAACUAGAUAAGAAACUGUUAACAGGCAAUACGUCAUACCUGGUAACACACGCACACAACUGCUCGAUUUUGUACUUGACACCAUUAGUUGCUUCUUCAUACUUUAAGGGCCAAAGAGAAACAAUUCCCUUGCAGUGACGCUGUCGAGGUGCCAUACUGUGGCGGUCUGUUCCGUGCGCUCCCUUCCCGAUCAUGGUGUUGCCGUACAGCCCUGGGGAUGCAGCUGGCAGGCACAGGUGCAGCGUGCACUCCCUGCUCCGGUCGCUCGCUGUGCUGGCUCCGUGCAGCAAGGUUUGUUUCCAGACUUUCCUUCUUUUGUUUACUUUUUUCUUCCUCUGUAAUGUGAUUUUUUUUUUUUUUCCAGUGGAACUGUUUUCAUUCUAAGUUUUGUACUCCAGCCUUUUGCUGCCUGUUAGGAUUAGGUUGUUAGCAUCUUGUUUUGUCAAUUAAUGUCCUCGUCGCUGGGGGGAGGGAGGAGGGGGACCAGGAGAGCUGUAACAAGUCUUGUAUGAAGCGUAUGGCCAUUUUACCUUCUAGCCAAGGAUUCGCUUUCUGUGGGUCAUGGAAGUUCACUAUGUCUAAUCCAUAUUCUAAGCAAUUCACUUUGGUUUUAUAUUAAAAAAAGAAAAAAGUCUUAGAUAUUUGUGUCCACUGCAGGUUUAUUUUAAAUGGAAUAUGUAAGUACCAUGUAUUAUGGUAUUUUUAAAUAACCUAUUGCCUAUUUCAGGGGAGGGGGAGAUGACAAAUAUCUAGUCUUAGAUUUGCACUGCUGGAUUUUUUAAGUGUAACCUUGACUGGUUAUCCUAUUGUUUUAUUCUGUAAGAUUAGUCUUAUGAAUUAAAGUUUGAUAAU